AUGGGAACGUCUGCUAUGGACCUGUCAACUUGUAUUGGGGUGGAGACCAGAGUGUUCGCCCUGACGGGAGCGGUGCGGGUGGGUGGCUGGGCUCAAGAGGAGCUUUCACGCCUGCUGGCAGAAAGGGACCUGGAGAUUAAGAAGCAUCAGGACAUGCUGGCCUUCAUCCAGCAUCGCUUCGAAGAGGUCCAGCAACAUGGUGCUGACGGCCAUGACCGCGAGGUCAUCCGCUUGAAGCAUGAAGGCUGGGAGGCUCUGGAGGAGCAGAAGCAGGUGGAGGGGCAGCUGCGGACGGAACAGGAAAAGCUGCAGGAAAGCCUGGAGAAGCAGGAGAAGGAGCGCGAGGCAGUCGAGGAGAAGCAGCAGGAGUCCAACUCCACCCUGCGGUCACUGCACGAACAGGCUGAGGAGCUCAAGCGAACGUUGCACGGGCUCCAUGGCGAGCGGCAGGACAGAGAGGCAACUCUCCAGGAUAAGCUGGUCUCCAUUGAGAGUUAUAAGGCCAAGGAGAAGACGCUCAAGAAGUUUAAGCUGCUGCUGGAUCGGAAGCUUGCUGAGGUGUCGACAUCUUUGCAGCCGAAGGAUUCGCUCAUAAAGAAGUUGAACCAGGAUCUGACAGAUCUGGAGACAGAAUUUGAGCGGCAGCUUCUGGAACAGCGUCACAUGGAGGCCCAGAUUGACCAGAGAAAGCAAAAGGCGGCCAUCCUCGCUCAAGAGACGGAGGAGCUCAAGGCGCAAGUCCGUGAGAAGGAUGCUCAGAUCUAUCGCUUCACCAACGAUGUACAUAACCUGGUGGCAGAGGAGAAAGACCUCUCCGUUUGGCCACGUGAGAUACGAAGGCUGUACCACCGGCAUAUAGACAACGAUCCACGUGGCCAAGAGCGCCUGCCCCUGGAGGAGAUGCUGCGGCAGAUGCGUGUGGUGGAGCGGCAGGUCACAAGCCUGGCGGCCAAGGGCAACCAAAUCCGGGCCAUGGGCAAGCUGGACUUGCAAACGAAGGCAAACGAGAAUGCUACGCUGGUUCAGGAGUUGAACCAGCUGCGGAUGCUCAAGAGCUCGCUGCAGCGUAAAGUCCGCAACCUCACGUCCAAGCUUGCUGCACUGACCCCUGGGUCCGAGAAAGCUGCAGUGAAGGGCGCGCAGGCCCCAGAGCUGCCGGCACCUCCACCGGCCCCUUUAGCUGUAGCCGAGCCCAGGGGCCUCCCAGGGCCCCGGCAGUAG